AUGUACGUCGCUUCAGGACAAGUCACCUGCAUUGGGUUCAAGGCAGACGUCAUCCUCUGGGAUUUCCCAAAGCAGGAGUUACUUGCUCGGCUCUCGCUGCACGAGGGCAAAGUCGAGGGACUCUCGUUCUCGCCCAGAGGCAUUUAUCUUGUGUCCCUGGGAGGCCAGGACGACGGCAGGGUGAUGGUGUGGGACGUCAGUAAGAGAGAGGCUGUGUGCGGGAGCCCGGCCUCGCCGCGCAGCGCCGGCAAUGCCAACGUCGUCAUGUGCUCCAGCUGCAGGGACGAGGUGUUUGUCACUGCUGGAAAUUUCACCAUUCGAGUGUGGGAACUCGACACAGCAACUAAAACAAUCCAUCCAUCUGAAUGCUACGCGGGGCAACUGAGAGGAAUCAGCGUGUGUGUUCAGAUGACAGACGAUGAUGGUGAUUUUCAUCUUGGCACGACGAGUGGAGAUGUCCUGAAAGUGAACACAAGCAGCAAGGUGCUGACUGCCUGUGGGCCCCAGAAGAAGAAGUUGAGCAUGGGAGUCACAGCUUUGCUUUUGCCGAAGACAGGAGGUUUAAUAGUCGGCACCGGAGAAGGGACUGUAGCUCUCUGUACAGGCUCAGACUGCCAAGUAAAGAAGAGAAUGCGAGUUGAAGGUGCUGUCACUUCCCUGACGUGUAGAGGUCGGGACGACCAGUUCUUUCUAGGGACAAAUAAAGGCCAGAUGCACCGCAGUGCCUACGCUACAUUUAAAGAGGAGCUGGUCGCCGUCUGUCACACCGAAGCCGUCAACGACAUUGUUUUUCCUGAUGGAUCAUCUCUCCAGAUGGAAAAUGGGAUUUUGAUCCAAAUGAACAUUUUUGGCGUAUUUUUAUUGCUUCGCUUCUCGGCCCAGCACAAAGGAUCAGAUGUCACCGAGGUGCAGGGAGUGCAGGGUGCAGGAAGCGCUCCUCCCUGCCUGCCGCCAGCCUCAAACCCACAUCUUCUCAUCUAAUGAGAAAAUCAGGUGGAGCUUUAGGGUGAUGUGCUGCUGAUACCGCUGAUUGACACGCCUGUGUCACAGCCAUUAGUGCUGACUACAGGACUACAUCCUUGCGUAGAUGUUUGAACUUCUUAUCUGUUGCCUGCUCUUGAACAAAGCCUAUUGCUGAUGGGGAAAUACGGGCUUAAUUUCCCUGCUCUGGCUUAUUUCAGAAUCCUUCACUUGCUGAUGUUAUCCUGGUUGAUAAAGCACCCGUGCAAGCUGGGCUUGAAAGAGGCCACACUUGUGUUGUGCCGGUUUUCUCUGUCCUGGUUCAUCUUUCUGGGCAUUGAUGGUGCUGUUGAACAAAAGCUCGCGGUACCUUUCUAGAUGUCACUUUCUGUUGCAUCCC